AUGUCUGAAGGCCACUUGGGGAUCAACACCGAAUAUGGUGACUGGGAAUGGAGUGCGGAUGCUGGCGAGAGGGCCCGGCUGCUGCAGAGCCCCAAUGUGGAAACGGGGCCCAAGGGCAACGAAGAGCGUGGACCUGCUGCAACCUCAAAGCUGGGAGCUGUCUUCAUUGUUGUGAACGCAGCCCUGGGUGCCGGCCUCCUGAACUUCCCAGCAGCCUUCAGCAUGGCAGGCGGAGUGGCUGCAGGAAUCACGCUGCAGAUGGUGAAAGCAGGGAGGGUGUGGGGAUGAAGAAAAAUGUGUGGGCGGUGGGAAGGGAUCCAUUUGGGAAUGUGCAGAGUGUGCUGGUGCUCUUUCUCACUUGGCCUGGCUGGAGCACAGCUUGAUGUGGGCGGCUGUGAAGGUCUUGUGACGGUCACCAACUUGGAUGGCUUUGAAAGAGAACUGGGCAAAUUCACAGAGAAGGCUUUCAGUGGCUGCUCUGAGCGAUAGCUAUGCUCUGCCUCCACUGUUGGAGGGAGCAAUUCUUCUGAAUCUGGAAGCCACAGGUGGGGAGGGUGCUCUUGUGCUUGGGUUCUACUUGCAGGUGAGAACAGGAUGCUGGACCAGGUGGGCUCCCCCUGGCCUGAUCCAGCAGGUGGCUCUUAAAAGUAUUUUUAAAAAUAAAUUUGCAGCUAUAGAAUGUCCAAAAAAUUGCCAUGGGGACAAUGUAGCCUUCCCCAAGUAGGUGCCCUCCAGAUGUUUUGGACUGCAUCUCACAUCAGCCCUAGCAUCAUAACACCAGUGCUGGCUGGAAAGCCAAGUUGGCAGCUGGUUGGAAAGCUACAAUAAAUUAAACUAUGUAUGGAGCAGGAGAGACCAGGAAAGCAAGACAGGAAAUGAGUUAAAAAAUAUAUAUGCCCAGAGCUUUUUAUUGUUUUCAGUUUGCCUGCUGGUGCCUGCCAUCAUCUCAUGGUGCCACUCUUCCCUUUUCUGCUGCAGUGCAUGCUGGUUUUCAUCAUUGGCGGCCUGGUCAUCCUGGCCUACUGCUCCCAGGCUAGCAAUGAGCGCACCUACCAGGAGGUGGUGUGGGCCGUGUGUGGCAAAGUCACUGGGAUCCUGUGCGAGGUGGCCAUUGCUGUCUACACCUUUGGCACCUGCAUUGCCUUCCUCAUCAUCAUUGGAGAUCAGCAGGACAAGAGUGAGUACUGCUGGGAAAGGAGGAGGCCUGUUUGGGCUUUUAUACCCUUCCCUCUUCUUCAAAAUUAAUUUCACUUUGAAAUCUGAUUGGGAAGGCAAGGCUUGAUUGAACUCCAUUGGGGUUUGACAUGUACUCGGCCUUCUGUUUUUGGUACUGUGAGAUGCUUGAAGCUGCGCCCCCUCCUUUGUUUUGUGCAGCUUGCAGAGAGAACAAGAGCUGUACAACCUAGAGCUUCCAACUGCCUGGUUUUGGCUCUGGCUUCAUCCACCAUGGCUGCAGCUCCUGAUUUAUUUUUUCUGUAGAUCAGGUGUGGGAACCUGUGGCUCUCCAGAUGUUGCUGAACUGCAACUCCCACCAGCCCCUGUAGCCAAUGGCCAGGGGUGAUGAUAAAGAGUUGUAGUUAGUAACAUCUGGACAGCUAAAGGUUCUUUCCACACUAGAAAACUCACAGAAUUAUGCCACAAGAGGAGGUCCUGUUUCCUUUGUAGAGGGCAUACUCUGUAGCCUUCAGAGGAAUUACAGCCUGGGGAGCUAUAAAGAAUAACUGCCUAUGCUGUUUUUCAGUAUAUAGAAUACUUUAAUGUCGGAGCCAGCCAUUACAAAUGGCGCAGUUUAGCAUAAAAUAAAGACACAGAGAGCCAGCAAUAUUUUCAGGAUGGUAUGAGCAGCUCCUUUCGAACUUCCCUCUCCUCCGGUAACCUUUUUAUUAUCCUUUUUCUCUCUCCAGCCGCAUGGCUGUUUGCCAAUGUCUCACGUUACCUCCUCCGGUCAAGGCUUUAACCCACCCACAAACCAUAUAAGGUCAUCACUGCCCAGAGGAAAUACAACUCCAUUUAAGGUCAAUACAUUCCAAUACAUUGUAAAGCUCAGAGUGCUGGUCAGCCGAGGUCAGGGGGCACCCUGCAAUAUUACAAGCCUUUGCCGUGGCUUUAUGACUCCCACAUGCCCUCUUUCUUUAUUUUAUUAAUCAGUACCAAUACGGUUAUAUCGAGCGCGAUAAGCGACUCUUUGACACCGGAAGCGGGCCGCGGACUGGAGAACCAUGCAGUACAUAUAGAAAUUAAAGAAGGAAUACAUUGGAUACAGCAACACAAAAUAAUGCAAAUAACUACUAUAAUGAUCACUAAAAUCAAUAAAUGUCGAAGCCAACUUCCAUCCGGAAGCCAAGAAUAUAAGAAUUCUGAUUCCAAGCUGCAUGGUAGGCUUCCUUUCUAGUUUAUUAGCCAUGCACUGGUGUCACUCCUAUAGCACUGAGAUUGGUCACUGUAUGUUCCUGUAAGAGAACAAGAGCUAUUAAAAGUGAAAUUCAAUGUAUAUUGACAGUUUGGAUAUAUGCCCCAUGAUUCUUUCCCCUCCUUAAUUUGAAAAUAAAUGGGGGCAGGCUCAUGGAGGGUCAAUUGUACUGGAGGCCAAAAAGUUUGCUUAGGGGAUAUAAUAUUAGUAAAUUGAAAAGAUCCAUUGACAGGCACACCAUGAAGCAUUAUGCCUGAAUGACUGGCAUACACACCCAACAUUUAGAAGCAUGCAAUAAACUGGCAAACAUAAUCAUAUCUUGUACAAAAAUAUUAUCCCUCCAUAUCUUAUGAUAAUUUUCCCCUAAAAGUCUUAUUCAACAACGCUGUUCUUCUAGUUCGAAAGUGGCUGAGCCGUGGAUACUGCCAGCCAGAGUAGGAUUCUGGCGACAGCUGCUUGCCAGCCGAUGAGGUGAAAUAUGGUGGUUUCAACUGGACUGGGUCGUCUGCUUCUCUUCCUUGUAUAACGGUGCAGCAAAGGAUGGCAAGGCAAAUGGUUAGGAAGGCAAACACUGCCAGAUGCAGCUCGUGUGCAGCACCUCUAGGUGGCGCAUGCGGAAAGGUUUCAAUGCUUCACCCACAAAAUGUUGACAAAGUGUAGGGGAGUUCCGCAUGCCUUGAGGCAGGACAACCCACUGAUAUCGCUGGGUGGGCUGCGAAUUGUUAUAUACUGGCAAUGUAAAAGCAAACCGUUCCCUGUCUGCUGGAGCCAGUGGGAUGAAGAUGGUUCAAUGUGGCCGAAAGUCAAUUGUUCAGAAAUAAGCUGGUCAGAGAUAGCUGGUGCCGCUGCUGCAGAUUUUUCUUUUGGUAGAGGCCACUGUUCUACCCCCACUGGGGUAUCGGUGAUCCUGGUUUGCCACACUGGAAACAAGUUGUAUCGGUGGCUACAGGCUGGUUUUCAUUUAGCGCUGUUGCCAGCAGAUGAGCCUUGUGGGUGGCUGUAACUACAGACUGACAAAUGCGAAGCAUGGCUGCUGUGUCUGUGGCAGGACUGUGUAUUAUCGGUCGUACGGCAAGAUUACAAUCCUCAUUGGCAUUUUCAAAGGCCAAUUGUUUGAUAAUUAUUUGUUUGGCUUCAGGAUUUUCAAUUUGGCGACUCACUGCUGUAAGCAGCCUAUCCAUAAAGGAAGAAUAUGAUUCUCUUGCCUCUUGCCUGAUUGAACCCCACCUUGAUUGAAUACUGGGGUUCUGGGAUUUUUCUCAUUGCUUGUUUAGCAGCAAGAGCAGUGUCCCUCAAUAAGAUUUGCAGCAGUGUGGCUUGCACUGAAGCUUGAGCGAAGGGACCACGCCCCAACAUGGCAUCUAUGACGUCUGCGAGGGUAACAUUUGGAUUAUUUCCUCUGACUUGUUGUAACAAGGCUGGAGCAUAAGCACGGCAGGCAGUUUCCCAUUCGUGGGCAAACAAAACACCAGCUGAUGGGGGUAACACUGUAUGGGCCAAAAGCUUGAUGUCCUCUGGAACCAAGAGCUGGGCUAAUGUGGCUUCUAAAAGCGCCUGCGUAUAUGGGGCUUGGAGUCCAUUGGCCUUUACUGACUGUUGCAGCUCUUUCAAAAUCUUAAAGUCAAAAGGUUGGUGUUGGGCUUGGGUGCCUGCCGGGGCACCAGCAGGGGGCACAAUAACAGGGAAUGCCAUAGUAUCCUGAAUUAAGGAACAGGCAAGGACUGCACGUUGAAAAGGGGUAGCUGGUUCUGCCGCUGAAAGAUUAGGAUCAUUGCCAGCCAGAUCACGGUAUUUUUGCAGGAUUGGGUCCUCUGGUGAGGAACUGUAGUCCGGAGGUUUGGGGUCUGGAGCUGCUGCUGGCAAGGCAAGUAUUGGAACAGAUGGCAGCACAGCAGGCUGAAUUAAAGAAGCUGAAGGUUGUGUUGGCACUGCAGCCAUGGAGAUAUUUUUUGGUGAUAAAGAGCCCAUGGCGUAACGAACCUUGCACCAUGCAUUUAGAAUCCGAACACCUAUGCUGGGGUGCCCAUGAAAAUGUGCCCCAAUCUUGUCCCAAAGUUUUAAUUCCCAAGUCCCAUCUGCAGGAAACCAGGGGAAUGCUCUUCGAUGGCCAGAAUGAGCUGUAUCAAAUCACCCUCCGGAACUUCCAAUUUGUUGGAGGAGAGGAGAAAUUUUAAGUCUUUUAAAAAUUUCUGUUGGGGAGCAGACAAAGAGCUGCCCAUUUUUCUAAAAUCAAUAUAAAAAAGGGAUCGAACUCACCAGGGAUCCGAAGAUGAUUAGCGCUUGAAGCCCUUGCCGGGCGUGGUGAGCCGAUGAUAUCCGUUGCUUGGAUCGAAAAACCUCACACGGUUUUCUUUUAAAAUCCUCUUAGUCUGCCUCAGACUGUUUUCUUUAAGUUGCCUCACACGGUUUUCUUUUAAAAGCCUCAGACGUAUUCUUUUAUUCAGCCUCACACGGGGCACCACUUGUCGGAGCCAGCCGUUACAAAUGGCGCAGUUUAGCAUAAAAUAAAGACACAGAGAGCCAGCAAUAUUUUCAGGAUGGUAUGAGCAGCUCCUUUCGAACUUCCCUCUCCUCCGGUAGCUUUUUUAUUAUCCUUUGUCUCUCUCCAGCCGCAUGGCUGUUUGCCAAUGUCUCACGUUACCUCAUCCGGUCAAGGCUUUUAUUGCCCCCAUCACCAUAUAAGGUCAUCACAGCCCAGAGGGAACACAACACCCUUUAAGGUCAAUACAUUCCAAUACAUUGUAAAGCUCAGAGUGCUGGUCAGCCGAGGUCAGGGGGCACCCUGCAAUAUUACAAGCCUUUGCCGUGGCUUUAUGACUUCCACACUUUAAGUUUCUUUACAGCAUUUUGCCCUCACAACCGCUCUGUGUGGUGAGCAAGGCUGCGGGAGGAUGGCUUGCACCCAGGCCACCAACUGAACUUUAUGGCUAAUACUCACCACAUUCACACUAUACUGCCACACAGAUACAUUGAAUAGGUUGGGCACCAGCUGCCUGCUCAACCUCCUGCCUGUGAGUUUCUUGGCAAGUGUGCCACUGACCACUGGGGGGUGGGGCUUGCUCAUAGCAAAAGGCUCUCAGCUCUCCUCUCAGUAAUUGUGCUCUUGCAUUAGGCCACCCUUGCUGGGGAGCAGGGAGGCUGUGCUGACUCCUGGGCAUGCCUCUUGCUGGCGGUGUCUGCUGAGUGAUAAAAAGGGCUUCUGCUAGCGUUGCCUUCAUAAUGUUGUGAAUCACAGGGUCAGAGGGAGCUACCAUUAACCUGGUGCCUUCCAGAUAGUUUGAACUUCAACUUCCAUCAUCUCCAACCAUUGGCCAUGCUGGCUUUGACUGAUAGGACUCGUAGCUCCCAAAGUCUGGCGACUGGUGUAGUCCAGUGCAAGAAAUCCAGAGCUUCUCUUGCCUGGGUCCUGGUGUUCUGUACACCUUUCUAUAAUGCAAAAUUUCCCCUUAGUUCCAUGCCAGUUGCUUUGUGUUUCCUUGGACAUAAGAAGUUCAAGUCUCCGUGAGAGUCUUUUCUUUGUGUGUGUAGCUGUGCACUGGCCUUUGAGCUUUGACUUCCCUCUGCCUGGUGGAUUGGGCCCAGAGGAUGAUUGCAGUCUCUCUUUGUCUAGUAAUUGCAGCAUUAAUGAAGGACUCCACAGGGGCAGAGAGCGGCCACUGGUACACAGACCGCAAGUUCACCAUCAGCAUCACAGCCUUCUUGCUCAUCCUUCCCCUCUCAGUGCCCAAGGAGAUCGGCUUCCAGAAAUACGCCAGGUAAGCACAGGCCAGUUCUCAGCUGGCACAUAUCUUGGCAAAUGCUCCCCAGCCACUGCAGCCAACCAAGGUCCUCAUGCGACAAAAGUGUGAGGGUGGCAAACAGGCCGUGCCUCUGUAUUGCUUGCCAGGAUGUGUUGCUUGAGUGAAAGACUAGGUGCCAUUGAACUGCUCUGUCAAGGGCAGGUCUAGAUGCAAAAGGUGGGUGUUGGCAUCUCAAGAUGAUCCUUGGAAGGAGAUAGCAGCAGCGGCAGCAGCUCCAUCACCUGUCUCACCUCUCUCUCUUUCUCACAGCUGCUUGAGUGUUGUCGGGACCUGGUAUGUUACAGCCAUCAUAAUUAUCAAAUAUAUUUGGCCUGAUGAGAACAUCCCAAAGGAAAUUACAACAAGGUACGUGGGAGUGAUGCUCCUUCAGAAAGAGGUGGAGCCUUCCUGAGUUGCCUCCCUUCCAGUCUUUGUUUUCUGCAGUAAGGCAGUGGAGAGACCUGACAAUUUAAUUACUGGACUACCCAGUCAAGAGUCUCCAGUUAGCUUUUAACUUUCAAUGUAAAAAAGCUUUUUAUUUCUGUGGUGGGCACUGUAUCUGCCCACUCUUUAAGCUGCUGAGAGGUGCAUCCCAUUCCUCUGAACUUUGGCCAUCCUUAUGCUGGGGACCCAUCCAGUUCUCCCCUGCUCAGGACUUGACGACUUGCAGCUAUCAGUCAGUGGGGGGCACCUGAAAGGCAGAGGGUAAUUCUCACUGUAGGGGGAAGAAGGACGCAUUAACCCAUCCUUUCCCAACCCAAUGCCUUCCAGAUGUUUGGAUUUCAGUGACUGGGCUGGCUAGGGCUGAUGCGAGUUGUAGUCCAAAACAUCUGGAGGGCAUGAGAUUGAGAAAGGCUGUGUUCGCGAGUGGAAGGGUUCCAGUUUAGGCAUUGUCUGUGAAAAUAGAGAUGUGCAUCUUAAGGUAGAUUCAUUUAAUUGGAAGUGCCUCUCCUGCAUUAAUUUUGACUGAGUUAAAACUAGAUCCUGCUAAUCCGUUCUUGACACCUUACUCCCCUCAGGGGAGGGUUUUUUUCAAUUCUGAGUAAAUGCUGAUGGUAGACAUUUGCUGAACCACAUCCUGAACUAACGUGUGCGUUCCUCUCCGCAGCCCCUCCUCUUGGAUGUCUGUCUUCAAUGCCAUGCCCACCAUUUGCUUUGGCUUCCAGGUGAGGCUUGUCUGAAGGCCCCAGGUGGGUGUGGGCACAUUGAGGGCAAGAAAGUCCACCUCUCUCGGUGUCUCUGUAACCAGGCCUUUGGCUGAUUAAACAUUCUAUGGCCUUUAAAAUGUAUUUGGGGGAGGGAGCAGCUAUUAGUAUUUGUUUUACUAUAUAUUUUGUGUUCUCAUUUUGUAUUUUUAUUUUGUGAGCUGCCCUGUGAUCAGAUGAAGCGCAGCAUACAAAUUUAAUUAGUAAUAAUAAUUGUACCAAGUAAAAGCACAGUGAACCACCCAACUCAAUAUUUUCUAUGCUAGCUUGGUGCCCUCCAGACUGGCAGGGUCUCUCUGGGGUUUCAUUCAGGGGUCUUUCUCAGGUCUAUUUGGAGACACUGGGGGUGUAAUGGGGUGGGAAGAGAGACAGAAUAAUCAAUUUAAACCCUGACCUUUGUUUCAAGUUUAAUUCAUUUUUAUCUUGGAUGAAAUUGUAGUGUUUUCUUUCGUAUGGUGUUUAUGAUAUGUAGCCUUGUCUUUUUCUGUCUGUUUUUUUAUAAGUAGGAUGUGAUAUCCUAAAUACACUAGCCUCAACCUGUUGCAAGAAAGGUUGAAUAAGGUGUGAACAGACAGACAAAAGCUUUCGACGUGCUCAUAUGGAGCCUGCGCUCCCUACUCUUGACAGAUGAGGGAUAAGGGGAAAUGGAUUACUGUAGAAUAAUAAUACAGCUGUCCUAGGCAAAGUUAAGAUGGAAUUUGGUUCAGAAAGCAUUUAAAAAGGGAUAAUGUGAGUUACUUAGGUCCUGGAAUGAGGCAGAGGUGGUUCUUAUUCUUCAACCUUCUUAAGGGAAAAUCAGAGGCCCUGUUAUAGCAUCCUCCCUCCAGAUGUUCAUGGCACCAGGUUGGUGAAGGCUACUUUUUGCUGAAUUUGUUGACUGGCUCUUUGGUCUCCAGCUGUGAAAACGUAUAUGUGGAAAAACUGCACUAGCCGAAAGAACAAGUCUGGGAGAAGGAUCUCCUGUGCAAGUAAUCACAAAGGCUGAUGACUUCUGCGCGAUCAGAAAACUUGCAUUCUUCUCUUCCACACCUAACAACCCUUUCCUAUUCCUCUUCUCCCUGGCAGUGCCACGUCAGUAGCGUGCCUGUCUUCCACAGCAUGAAGCAACCAGAGGUGAAGCCAUGGGGGGCCGUUGUGACAGCAGCCAUGGUCAUUGCUCUUUUUGUCUACACGGGCACAGGUAGGUGGGAUGAAAAAGAGGAAGCGCUUAAUCUCCUCUUCUGAGCCACAAAACGGAGACUGAUCCCUGAUCCAUAUUCCCUCAUGGGAUGGGAAGUGACUGGUGGUUGGCUCUGGGUCAUUGUGAACCUCUUUCUUCAUCUUCUUCUCUUCCUCUUCCUCCUCCUCCUGUUUCCUGCCAGGAGUCUGUGGAUACUUGACGUUUGGGUCCAGUGUGGAGCAGGAUGUGCUCAUGUCCUACCCCUCCAACGACAUCCCAGUCGCCAUUGCCCGCGUUUCCAUCAUCGUCUGCGUUCUCACUUCCUACCCGAUCCUGCAUUUCUGUGGCCGGUGAGCGUGGAGCGGGAGGGGUUGGUGGGGCUGGCUGGCUUGAGCCUCUCCUGCUGCUGUGCAGUCCUUGCAGGGGGUGUUGCAGUGGCAGAGGGCAACCCCUAACUCCUCCUUUUGUCUUGGCUUCCCGCCCAGGGCUGUGCUGGAAGGCCUCUGGCUGCGCUACAAGGGGGAGGCGGUUGAAGAAGACGUUGUGCGGGAGAGGAGGCGGCGCCUCUUGCAGACGGUCAGCUGGUUCCUCCUCACCCUCCUCCUGGCCUUGUUCAUUCCUGACAUUGGCAAAGUCAUCUCUCUCAUUGGGGGCCUGGCUGCCUGCUUCAUCUUUGUUUUCCCAGGUAGUUUUCCCUAGCUGAUUGUGUGUAACGGGGGGCUCUUAUUCUGCUUUUGGUGGGGCUGUGAGCAGGGACCCAUGGAGAUGCCUCCCCUAGCUUGCCUGAAGAGUCAAGGUACCCCCACUCCAGGGUCCCUGCCCAAUGGCAGGGGGAGCCUUUCAGGCAGAAGGCUACAGAGAGGCAGAGAGGCACUUGCCCUCAGGCUGGGGAGUCUCGCUUAGGAGGGGAAAACAGGACAGAGGGACUCAGAAGACCUCAGUUCACUUCUGCUCUUAGCAGAGCAGAUGGCUCCCUUGGAACUUUAUUUGGUGGUCUUUACUACCAGCCUGCCUCACCUCGCCUCGCAGAUACCUGCUCUGGACAGGCCAGAAUAUUCUCCUAGCCAGAAUUCUCUUUCUCUAUAAGUUCAGCUUGAGUUGCCACCCUUCCCGCACCCACUUCCUUUGGAUAAAUUAGCAAUUUAUUGUUAGCCCACACAACCAGCUUUCUUCUGCACAGUGACUUUUCUGCAACCACCUCAGCGGUGGAUCUUCUUUCACUAAAGUGUUCAAGACAUACUUCCUUUGCACACCAACAAGAACCUGAUAUCGCUCAAAACAGUUGAACGUAACACUGGCUUUGUUAGAACUGUUCAUCGUUCUGAGAUCUAGAUGGCUGCAAAAAAAAAUGCCUUGGUGGUUCCUUCUGCUGCUUUUUUCCUUCACCGUUUUCCUCCGCUCCUUCCUUGCCAGGACUCUGCCUCAUCCACACCAAGCUCUCCGAAAUACAAGAGGCCAGACCAGCCGGGUAAGAGCUGUGCUUCUUCUUUGCUGCCUCCUCUUGCCCAGUUCAUCCAUGUGGGGUCAGUGGUUAUGGAAUCAUUUGUGUUUCAUGCCAGUCUCCCCUCUUUUAUCCAUAGCUGGUGGGCGAUGGUGAGCUACGGCGUCUUCAUGGUUAUCCUUGGAGCAUUUAUCUUUGGACAGACAACUACCAACGCUAUCUUUAUGGAUCUCAAGAAGUGA